AUGGGCCGCAGCACCAAGAAGAUGGAGUCGUUGGUGGAGCUGAGUGGGAGGGCGGUGGCGCGCAGCGUGGCAAAGAUGAAGGAGGAAGAGCUGUCUGCUUAUCUGGCCCUCAUGCCGAAGGACUUGUGGGGCACCAUCCUGUGGCAGCUUUCGAAAUGCAACCUCCUCGACCGGGGACGAUUCGUGAAGCAUCUUCUUCCGCAGUGCGCGCCCUACAUAGACGCUCUUCAAUUCACCGCUUCCAAUGCUCGCGAGUGGUUGUACGACACCGACGUCAAUCUGGUCGUGAGGCAGUGCCCCAACCUCACGCAGCUCGAUCUCUCGCGCUGCCGCCACCUCAUGACGCCCCGCAUCCAUCACCCACAGCUCAAGCGGCUGGCACUGCUCGAGGCAGGCAGGAAGGAGUUCAAUCCUUCGAUUGAUUGCCCGCAGCUGCGUGCCUUCGCUCUCCAGCUGCAGAACAUCCGAGUGUUCAAGAAGCAGAUGGCGCUGCUCGCGACCCGCUCGCCUCUGUUGGAGGAGCUGCAUCUCGUGGGGCCGAUCGAUCUCAAGGUGCUGACGAUAGCGUUCCCCAAUCUGCAAACCCUGCACCUCAUCGGGUGCAUCAGCCUGCGCAUGUCGUCCAUUCUACCCGUCGUCGCGUCCCACCCGCGCCUGACCCGAGUGAUCUUGGACGAAUUCCUGCGACCCGAGCUGCCGGAGACCCUCCUCGACCGAGGCGAGGAUGACACCACGCAGGCCCGCGAGGGCGAGGAUGAGGAGGACGUGGAAGAGGAACAACGUGGCGCCCCAAGCGAGGAAGAGAAGCAAGUACGGGAGAUCUUGCAUCGGGGUGUAAUCUUUGGCUUCGCCACGUUGUGA